AUGCUCCGAGCCGCCCUCACCUCCGGCGGCGUCCGCCUCACCGCCCUCGUACCCUGCCACCUCGGUCGCCUCUUCUCAUCCUCUUCCUCAUCAUCAUCCACCAUCGCCGCCCUCUUCUCUGACCCCACCCCGCCCGCUGACCCGGCCGCCGCGAUCCAGUCCGCCGGCGUCGACCUCUCCCACCCGGACACCGUCCCCGCGCUCCUCCUCGACCCGGGGCUCGCGGGAAACUACCCCGCGGCCUCACGGUUCUUCUCUUGGGCCGCCUCCGACCCCGCCGCCAAGGCCGCCCUCAACUCCCGGUCCUUCAACUCCAUGCUCAAGCUCGCCGCCGCGCACGGCGACGCCCAGCGCUUCUGGUCCCUCGUCACCUCCAUGCGGUCCAAGGGCUACGGAAUCUCCAAGGCCGCCUUCCGUGCCGCCUCCGAGAGCUUCCGGGCCAAGGACAUGGCCAGGGACGCCGACCUUCUCCAGGACGCCUUCGCCGCGCACGGCAGGAACGCGGCGGCGGCCGAGGUAUGCAAAAUUCUCCGGGCGCCGGGCAAGGAUGACUCCUCAAAGCUGGACAUGCUGAGUGAAUCGGGCGUUGAGGUGGCUGAUGAAUUGGUGGCAUUGGUGGUGGAGAAGGUCCGGCAGUUCCCACGGCAGGCGAUGGUGUUCUUCCAGUGGGUGGAGCAGUCGGCUGGGUCUGGAAUUGGUUGGGGCAAGGUUUACAAUGCAAUGGCAAAGGUUCUCGGCCGUGAGGACUGCAUCCAGGAGUUCCACGAGGUCUUGCGGAAGAUGAGGGGUAAGGGGCUUGAGAUGGAUCGGGAUGUGUAUGUUACUGUCACCGACAGGUUCCUCAAGAGGAAGAUGGUUGAGGAUGCAGUGGACCUGUUCCGAUUCAUGGCAAGCAGACCAGAGAAGCUCUCGGAGGAGGAUUUUGUCGUCCUGCUGAAGAAGGUUGUGGUGACUGGUGAUUUGGAUCUUAAGUUGGUAACAAGGGUCGUGAGGUACUAUCAGCAUGCGGGCAAUGAGGUCAAAGCCUUGGCCUUUGAUUCUGUUCUCAAGUCAUUGAGGAGUGUGGCGAGGCUUGGGGAGAGUGGUAGAGUGCUCAUGGCGAUGAAGGAAGGUGGCUUUGCACCAGACAGUGUCGACCAUGAGAAAGCUAUUCUUGCAAUGUGUGAUGCUGGCAAUCUUGAAGAAGCACACAAGUAUUUGGUUGAUGUGGAACAGUCAGGGCAUAAGUUAGGUUCAAAGGUAUGGUCUUCUUUAGUUCAGAAGUAUUCUCUUGGUGAAAAUGUUGACACUGCAGUGUCAUGUUUCCAUGAAAUGCUGGAAAGAAGCGGCAACGACAACGAGAAUGUGGGUUCUGCUCUUGAGGCGCUGGUUUCUGGAUUAUGUAAGAAGAAAGGGGCAAAGGAAGCAUUCAAAGUUCUGAAGAACCUGAUGUCUGAAAAGAAUGUAGUUCCUUGGCAGACAACCUACAAGUAUUUGAUCCACAAGUUGAUCCGCCAAGGGCAUCUAAAACAAGCAUUUGAAGUGCUAGGUUUGAUGAAAAGUCACGGCUAUCCAUCAUUUAUUGAUCCUUGUAUCACACAUAUUUCAAAGUCUGGGACAGUGGAUGAUGCCCUGGGCCUGUUCAAUGCAACAUCAUCAAAAGGGUUGCCAUCAAGAACAACUUAUGUGCGCUUGUUUCAAGCUUUGUUGAAAGAAGAUAGGCAUGAAGUUGCACAGCAGCUGCUUUCCCAGUCUCCUGCUAGCAUCCAGAACCAUGCUGAUGUUCGUGAUGUUUUCAGUAGGAUCAAGAUAGAAGAGCCCAUUCCAGCGGCAUUGGCAGAUGGCUGA